CAGCAGCGGUGGUGGGGGUGUAGCAGUGGGUCCGGCGGCGGUGGUGGUGGCUGUGCGCGCGCGUGUGGCAACGCUGCGUGGUGGCGAACGACUCGGGCAGCGAAGGGGUUUGUUUUUUUUUAAAGCGAGAGAGAAGGGAAAGACGAGGCAGCGGAUGGGGGACAACGCAGAAGAGUAGAGCGAGAGACGUCCAACGAAAGAGUCGAAGAGGGAUUUGGCUUCCAAGGGACGAACUUCUUCUUUGGGUCACCGCCGCAUGACAAGGUUCGAGUGCUGCUUCGCAUGCGGGUGUGUUUUCUUUUGGUUACUUUUGCAAGGAGUGUGACUUCUCAAUGUGCUGCAUCUUGGAGGGGGUGUCCGUGGCAGCGGCGGUGGUGGCCGGCUAACCCUGGAGGCGCGGAUUUAAAAAGUACCCCCCCCACGACUCCCCUUCUUGCGCGUGCGAAGAUCGACCACUGCAAGAGUCGCCACUCCGCGCGUCCACCACCUUUGCGUGUCGAUCGCAGACAGACGGAGGAGGGCAGUGGGGGGAGAGGGCACGGGAGCGGACAGCCUCCGACGAGCUUGGGAGGAAGCGAUAAGAGCCGCACUCAUCGCCGCUCGCGGUUCAAGAUACGCCGGGGACCCAACGAGGAGUUUGGAAGGGAAUUAUCCAUCACUGUGAUGGGGCGAUUGCUCCGUCAUUCCAUCGCCUCCCUUCUUCUGCUGGGGUUGCUGGCCAGCGUCACUCGCACGGACCACGUGUGGCCACUCCUGCGAGAGUUCGCAGUGUCUGCGUGCGGCGGGGAGACGGUGUCGCUGAGCUGCCCACGCCACACGGCGCUGCGCGUGCAGGGCGCCACGCGCACCGCGAGAGCACACGCCCCCUGCCCUUCUCCGCCAUCCGCUGCCCACGCCGCUGCCCACGGCGACACCGGCCGUGCCCACAACUGCACGGACUCUGCCCUGCUUCAGCGUGCUCUGGAGCAGUGCCAGGACAAGCGGCACUGUGAACUUCGCCUCCCUGGCAGCCCCCUCAGCCCCCACGGCCGCCCCCCUGGGCCCCAUGGCUGCCCGUCGUCGGUGGCGCGGCACUCCUUGUCCUACCGCUGCCGGCCGAACGAGUACCAGCGCAAGGUCGCCUGCGAGGAGGACUGGCUGCAGCUGCGCUGCAAGAAUUCGCGGGUGGUGGCGGUGCAAGCCGCCACGUUCGGGCGAUCCAUGGACGGCGGCCUCGAGUGUCCGUCGCCGCAGGCGCGCGCCUCUGACAGCCAGUGCCAGUCUCCGGAGGCGCUGGCUGUGCUGGUGCGGAGGUGCCAGGGCCUGACGAGCUGCAGCGUGGAGACGCGAUCGGGAGCCUUGGGCAACCCCUGCCCGCCCGGCGUGCGCAAAUACCUGGCUGUGCUCUACACCUGCGUCCCGCGCAGGGUGUUGGACGACCGCAGGCCCCGCGGAGUGCGACUCUCCAGCCACUCGCGCUCACUGCCGGAGCCCCGAGCCGCCCCCUCCCUGAGCCGGGAGUCGCAGGCAGCACCGCCGGGGCCCGCCGGCCGCGGGCAUCCGCACGGAUACGCAGUGCGCGACGCGGCGACGCACUACUCGCCUCCCGCUGGCCUCAUGGAGCUGCAGAAGGAGCCUGCAGAUGGUCCGAAGUACUCGGAGAGCGACGAUGCGGACGUGCCCACCCGUCUCAACGCCACCGACAUCUCUCCGGGCGCGGCCAUCAUCCUCAACACGCUUGCGACGUACAGCUACCUGUCCAAGCACGUGGAGCGGGCGGCGCUGGUGUUCGUCUCCUGCCUGUGCCUGGGGCUGGUGCUCACGCUCGCGGCGCUGGUGGUGCGCGUGCACUGCCGCCACGACAUGCGCUCUGUUAAGGGCGGCGCGCGCGCCCGCGCCUCCCGCUCCGAUGGGGCCUCCGACGACAGCGACUCGGACUCGGACUCGGAGUCCGACUCGGAUUCGGACGGCGGUGGCGGCGGCGGGAUCGGCGGUUCGACGUCGGGCUCGCACCGCUUUGCGCGGCGCUUCGACGUCACGCACAAUGUGUUCACGUCGGCCGAGGAGAUCGAGAUGGCGCACCGCAUCGAGGAGCGUGAGCGCAUCCUUAACGAGAUCUGGCGCAACGGGAGGACCAAUCCCAUCGCCACCACCAGCCUCAACCGCUACUAUUGACCGACCCCUUGACCUUUUCUUCGCCGGGCGAAGGCAAACAGCGGCGAGGCACAGCUUUGCAAACACAACGGCGCCGGCGGCGGAAGGCCGGUGUUCCGAGUGUGACGAGCGAUGGGCCGUGUCCCGCAAUUUUUCGUCUUCGGAGAGUCCGGGAUGGCCAUUGUGUGCCUGACCUUGCGGUUGGCUGUAUGGACGCACAGCACCGUGAUGCAUCUGCACCUGUGUGUCUUGCAGAGCAGCGAGUGAAGCAAUGAAGACGACCUUGAGUUCGCAUUGUCUUUGAGAUUCCCGACUCAUACAUUGUCAUGGAUUGUAAGAUUCCUGACUUAUAAAAUCAUCAUGGAAAACAAGAAGUUUUAUUUUUAUAUUUUGUAUUGUACACGUUUUACUUUUGUCGCGAACGCUGUGUGACCUGGUGCUGUAAAUGAAACGUUAUUUGCACACUUAGUGGUUUUGUAAAAAAAAAACUAAAAGAGUUUAUAUUUCUGUUUUAUUAUUACUGUUAUCAGCCAAAGUGCUGGGUUUUAAAUGCUGUUCUAUGUUAAUCGUGUGCGCCUGACUUUAAAUGCAGAACUUUAUCUUGAACGACGAAUUAAACAAAAUAAACACUUGCAACCAAAGCACGUGGUUCUGGGCAUCUCACCCUGCCUGCCAUCGAAAGGAUCAGAGCAGCGCUUGACGCAGAAAGACCAUCCUCGUCCGAGCGUACUUCUCUUACAAUCCACUGCUGCAUGCCCCAGGGCCUUGACAGACAUUUGGCCUCGUUGCUCACUCACGACUGUUGUUUGUUCAUUCUUGACGGUUUUUUGCUUAAACUCUAAUUACCCUAUAUUUUUACUACCGAUGGGAAGAAAGGGGGCAAAGAAAACAAAAGUGACCCCGGAAAUGAAAUAAAUAAUAAACAAUUAUCCAGGGCAAACCGCAGCUGUGGAAACGCGGCUUAGCACUCCGGCUAGGCCUGACCUCGAGUUAGAGGGGCCAAAGGGCAACUGCGCGAUUUGAGCGCGCCGUUGCUUGAUUACGUGUAAUUGAGUUUUAUCGCUUGAGCCAAGUGGCUUUGCGCGGCUGUGCAGCGGCUUGGCGCGAGAAACAAUUGCUGUGGGCCCUCGCAGGGGCUCGGUAUUUCGCUUGUUGCUGCCCCAUGUGUGUCAAUUUUUUUAUCACUGUUGGUCCACUAGCGCUGCACAAAGUGUCACAAAUGCCGCACACCAGCGCCGGCGAUGUUUUUGACCCUUGGUGAUCUAAUACAAGGCUCUUGUGCAUUAUCGGCGAGGUAUGGUUAAGUCACGUGCCGUGCAAGGCAUGAUAGGCGGAAUGAUCCUGCUGUCACAAUCGUGCAUCUUGCCUUCUAGGAAUUAUCUUUUUGCGUGCAUUAUUAUAACUCUUAUUCGUUUCCAGCCUGCACUAAAUUUUACUGUCCGAUGAGUUUAUCAUCAUUUACAGAAAGUGAUGGAAUUGGUGCGAUGUUGAUGCCAUCUGCAGAUUUUUUUUAUAUUGGUGGCAAUGACGCAAUGUGGCAAUGUUAACGCAUGUCACCCAUCAUCGUAAGUAAAACGAUUUCGUGCUUGGAUUCUCUUACUGAAUCCCGUGGCAGUUCUUGAUUUACGACGCAAAUACCAGCCAGCCUUUCCCACGGCUAGGUGAUGUAGCCCGUGCCUCAGCGACGUGGGAAAAAUGACCUGAAAAUGUCCCUUAGAAAACAAUAAACACUAUUGUAGGACCUUCACUUUUGGUGUACGUACAGAAACGUAGAACAUGCAUCACCAUUACAUGUGCACUUGGUCAUUUGGCAGCUAAUUUGGGCACCUUUAAAAAUACAAAAAAAGAGGUGUUCUUGAAAAUGCCUUGGGACUUAGGGCACCUAAGAAUCCCCAUGACCUUUGCCCUGUGAGUCUUUUGGCAAGGGAUCACAACUGUUCCCCUAAAUCAUUUGAACAACUUGCCUAAUGGUUUUCACAUGCCGAUGAGAACUUACUGGUGUUCUCUAUCAACCGAAAUGUCUCGAUUCAUGUUUUUUUUCUGCCAAAAUCCAGUGUGAGGGAAAUAAUUAUUUUUUAUAUAUAUUCAGGGACAGAAAGCAGCCCUCUUUUACGGUGAAAUGUUAUAUAUAUAUUUUUUGUUCCGUCGUGUAUAUAUAUUUAUUUUAUAGAGUACUCGCUUGACAAAACUCUGCAGCAUUGUCCGUAAGUGCAUCGCAUACCGAACUUCAUAUUGCUCUUAGAACGUGAUGCAAAAGGAAAAGGUCAUAGAUGUUUUAUAUCGUACAUUUUAUGCCUGGCUGCUCAGGGAGUGUUUUUGAAAAUUGAAUAGAAAGAAAAAAACCACAGUGUAAUUACAUUUUCGCUUUGCAGGUAUUCCUAAAGGCGGCUCAACAACUCAUGCAUUAAACUGCCCAUGUCGCGUCGAAAUUAUAUGCACUCGUGAUGAGUAGACAUGGGAUGAUGCAUCAGGUCAUCGCGUCACGUCGAUUCUCAUGCUCAGGAUAACAUCGAACUCUUGUGUGGAAGAAUCUUUAUUUUCUAUUCGUAAAUGUUGUAUGUAAUUGGUUAAUGUAAUCAACUCUGUAGUCAUGAGAUGCUCUAAAUCCAUGACAAUUGUAUAAAAAAUAUAUAUAGAAUUUUAUCGAAUUGCGACCACCGAAUCAAGACACAUCAUCAAAUCGCGAGGUGAUCGAGGGUACCAAUUGUUACACGACUUUGAUUAGCAUACAUUCGUUUAAAAUUUCGCAGAGGCACAUGAAUGGUCAUUGGUACCAGAACAGGCUUGACCCUACAUGCGUCUCUGUCUGCCUUGUCCGAAAGAGUUCCCCCAGCACUUGCGCCUAAAUCUAAUCCCCUGCUGGAUUAUGGUCUUGUAACCAGUUGCAUUAUAUUCCUUUAAGGAUAUUUCCCCUCGGUUCACACUGUCACUUAAGAUAUUAAUGUCACUUAAGAUAGUGUGUACAACGGACCCGCUGAACUUGAACAUCUGCAUGAAGCACCUCCACCUCAGUGCACCCGUCAUGCAGGGCAUGGUGGUGCAAACGUUUAAGAGUCCACCAACGUACAGACAUGAAAAAAAUGAAGAAAAAAAUAACAGAGCAUGAAUGGCUCGGAACAUUGGCUGCAAGAAUAUCAUCGUGUAGUGACCUAGGCCUAAAUUUUUUGAGCUCAUGCAGUGAUGCCUGCAAUUCCACAAUGCGGUACUGGCAAUUAUGUCUCAUCACUGCCAAGCAUUCCGUGCACAGAGAGGGCACUUAGUGCAUGCGAGCGAACCCGCGGCAAACUCCAAUUUCCACUCGCCGCGUGGGCAGAUUGCCUACGCCGACAAAGCUCAUUCAAGUAUUUCCCCUCGCCGCAUGGAUGUCACAAAAUCAUUAUUGGAAAAUAUACACUGUAAUAUCACGACCCCCGUGCAGGUUGUUAAAUGAAAUGAUGAUCAUUAUAACCUCCGGCUUAUGAACCAUCAGCGGCACUUCAUCAGUCAGUAAAGAUGUCCUUGGCCCAAGGUGCGUUGGCUGAAUGUUGACUGGACUUUCUCCUUGGGUUGCUGACUCACUGCCGUUGUUGCAUUCGUGUUUCAUUUUAUGGCAAGUGAUGAAAAACGACAAAGUUAUAUUUUUAUUAAGAGGGGGACGCUAUUAUGUUGCUGUUGUCUUGCGGGGUGUGAUUGUGCAUUGAAUCGACGCUUGAGAGUGCAUCAACAUUUUUGCCAUGGUACACAUUAAUUUGAGUUGACCGUUUUCCCCUGCUUCUUCGUAAGCAUCGGUGCAUUGAAUUCCGUGCAUGGUCAACGUUUCGUUGCAUUUCCACACCGUGCACUGGUAUCGCCUUGCCAUAAUCAGAGACUUAAUUGCGAACAGCCAAUUUGCCAAUUCCGCAUGAAAAUAGAUCUGUUACGGAAAGGAUACUUAGCAGCGGGAUAGCAUGGAGAGCUGGAAUUUGU